AUGCACCGCUCAUAUUGUUCCGCGCUUGCCGGUGUUGUAUGCAGAAAUACAUCUGCAAUCGCGUCGCCGAAAAACGAUCUGCGGCGCCGACUUCUGGAGGCGUUGGAUGACGACGGCGCGGAAAGUCAGACGGCGCCCCAAGCAGCAGCUGCCGCCCAGCACCAGGUGGACUUGCCGGUGUUCGGAGGAGGCGACGCCGCGGCAGGUGCAGGAGGAGGAGGAGGCGACGCCGCGGCAGGUGCAGGAAGGAAGGAAGAGGAUUCGGAGUCGUCGGACUCGGACUCAGAGUCGGAGUCGGAGGGGGGGGAGGAGGACGAGGCGGCGAAAGAGAAGAAGGUCGAGGAGGAUCACGAAGAGGAGGAGGAGGAGGAGGACGAGAACGAUGAGGUGGUGGAGGUUGAGGAAGGGAAGGAUGAGGCGGAGAACGACGAGGAGGGGGUGGAGGCCGAGGUGCAGUACGAGCUGCAGUACGAAGACGGUACGGUUGUGGCGGUGGGGUCGGCGGAUGAAAAGAACGAGGAAGCGGAGAUUGGCGAUGCGGGUAAUGCUACGAGGUCGGCAGAAGAUGGGGGGAAGGAGAAGGAUGAGGUCGGCGUGGAGGCAACGACGGAAACGGGCCAGGAGGAGGCGGCAUGCGAAGGUGCGAAGGUGUCGGUCGACGCCGGCGAAGGUGCGAACAUCACGGGCAUGCAGGAGACGGAGGAAGCAUCUGGUCGGCAGGGCCCGGUCGACGACACCGACAAGUUUGCGGCGCAACAGCUGCGAAACGCGACGGCGGACAUGUCGAAGACCAUCACGGGCAACAUCACCGGCAGCUUCGACGAAGCGUGCAAGGCGAUGAAGACAUUCGCGGAACAGGCGUCGGCGUGGUUGGAGGACUUCGACAAUCCGGAGGGUCGUGUGGCAUGUGCACGCGCUGAAGCUGUCGACGCCUUGGCCGAGCACGUGAAUGGGGUGGUGGGCGCUGCGAGGCGGGGUUUGGAGCUGUACAUCACGACGCAACUAUCCGCCGCGCAGGUCAACAUCGCCACCGCUGUGACCUCCAGGCUCCCCGUGCAGCCGCCGCCACCGCCUCAGCCCACGCCGCCCGCCCUCCCGGAAGAGCUCUUGAAGUCGUUCAAGGCCGACAUCAUGAAGACGGUGACGGAGGCCACCCAGCAGUCGUUCGUUGCUUCCGGGAUGAAGAUGUUGACCGAGAUGAUCGGCACUGUGGCGCCUGGUCGACGUGGGUCGUCGCCGUCGGCCAAUGACGCAGAUCAAGCGCAAAGGAGGGCGGCCGACAAGGAGGGCCAGAAGAGGACGGGCGACGGAGACGACAAGGAGAGCGUGAAGCGGAGCAAGGGAUCGGACGGGAGCCGCGGCACGAAGCCUCCUGCUCAGAGCGUGGUCGAACAGCUAAAGUCGAAGGCGGGGUGGAAGGUGAUAAGGACGUCGAACAGCAAGGGAGGCGGAAGCGGGGGGGCAGAGGGUGGCCCUGCCGACGGGGUUGCUGCUAACGUCGCUGCACCGCCUGGCCCGCCUUUGGUCGCCAAGCAGACCAAACCGUAG